AAGCCAACUCUUCAAACACACACUCCCCACCACCACACGCUCACACACAACGAAAUGGAGACUGUGAAGAGAGGCAAGACCAUCCUCGGCCUGGAAAUCAAUCUGAUUCUCUUUUAUUUUGGUGCUGCUCGUGCCUGUAUAGUCUCGGUCUCUCAACCACAGUACCUCGAAGUGGACCAUACCCAAGAAGCCAUAACCAUUCAGUGUUCCUACUCCCAUGUGGCGUGCCCCGCAGAGCAACCAAGAAGCCUGUGGUUUCGCUAUGGAGCUCACCAGCCGGAGAACCUCUGCUUGGAUGGAUGCACCAGCGAUGCGGGCAAGUUCACAGUGAAGGAAGCCCUGACACAAAAUCAGGUUUCCCUCACUGUGAACAGGGUGACUCUCAACGACAGUGCCAUCUACAUCUGUGGAAUAGUCCUUCCCUUUUCAAAGGAACCAGGAGCCAAGCGGACCGGAGAAGGGACCAUGCUGGUGGUGAGAGAAAUGAAGGGGCUCCACAAUCUCCUGAUAGCUGUUCUAUCACUGCUCUCUAUCUACAUGACUGUUGUUCUCGGGAUCUUCGUGGUCCUCUCCAAAUCAAAAUCCAACUCUCUAAGAAACAAAGAAACAGAAGACUCACAAAAGAAGAAGAGUGCUUGGCAUAUUUUUCAGGAAAUUGCUCAAGAACUAUAUAAUAAGAGACGCAUGGAAACAAGACAACAAUCUAUUAAGUGUAAAAUAUCACAAAGACGUAAUGCAGAUAUAAAGCAUAUAUAUCUGUUUGGCUAAAAGAGCUAAGCUGUCAACGAGCUGUCAAUAAUCAUGUUUUCCUAUAAAGUAGGAGUCUGAAAGGGAUUUUCACAUAUGAUGCAUGUUUAUAGAGAACAUGUUUUGAUAAAUACAUAACAAAGGACAUUUGCCACAGUAUUAAAUACAGACCAGGCUGGCAUCUUAGUAACAUGGAAUCUUUCAGAAACACAGUGGAUACAGGCAGUGUUUUCGAUUCAGACAAGGAUGCUUUUGUGGAUUCUGAGACCCUUUGUACAGUAUCUUGCAUGCAGUAGUGGGCAAUAAGUUCCAAACACUUGGAACUUGGGUCAAAUUACACAGAAAACACUACUAGUAAGGCAGAAAUAAGUUCACAUUAGAAAAGAUGAGCUAGGGGCGCCUGGGUGGCUCAGUCGGUAAGUGUCCGACUUCGGCUCAGGUC